AUGUAUAACUCUCUCACCCGUGUUCAAAACUCGUUUGGCUUCUUCACCACCGUCGCAUUCGUCGUCGCAGCCUUCAUCGCCGCCUCCGAUCUCCUUGCGCCGCGCAUCCCUUCCACAGGCCUCAUCGCCCCCACAAACGUCCAGGUUGUCAAGGGUCGUCCGCACUACUACAGCUCCAAGAAGGAGGAGUACGCCAUCAUCAAGUUCUCCCUCGAAGCCGACUUUUCGUCCCUCUUCACAUGGAACACUAAGCAAGUCUUCGUCUACGUCACCGCCGAGUGGCCCGGCCCUGGCAAUGCCACCAACGAGGCUGUCAUCUGGGACUCCAUCAUCACCAACCCGAGCGCCGACCACCUGAAGAAUAUUGGCCCUGUUGCCAUGAAGAAGCUUAAGCGCAGCGCCGAGGGCAAGUCCAUUGACCCCAGCCGUGGCAUCCUCAAGCUGAGGAACCAGAAGCCCAAGUACCAGAUCACCCACCCCAGCGGCAAGGUUGCUGAGAAGGACAACGUGGAGCUCAAGGUGCACUACAAUGUUCAGCCCUGGGUCGGCCUCCUCACUUGGGACCAAGGCCAGGAUAUUGGCCUCUGGAAGAAGUUGGCUGGCGGCGUUAGUGAGAAGUUCCAGCUUCCCGCCCUCAAGACCAAGAAGAAGAGCGCCUAG